AGCAGUCCCAGCUGUACGUCAGUGUGCUCGGUCAGUAGUGGUUGGUUCAGACAGAGGAACCGACAGGUUCGGGAACGGCGGAGCUCCGUUCAAACUGCGAUUUAACAUUUUAAAACAACAUUUUAUGUGUAGUUAACCGAACUAACCGGCAGCUGCAGAGUUUCACGUUAACGGGACGAACCGGGAACGGAGGGAUUUGCUGUUUUUCGUCGCUGCCACCAGCGGACAGAGACGGAGAGAUUCCCCCUCCAGGUUGUGCAUCCUGACUGCCGAGGAGGCGGGGUUUAAGGACUCGGAGGACCAACGGGGUCUGGUUUUGUUUCCUGUCUGGGGGGGGGGGGUGACAGUGAACGUCUGAGCGAUGUGAAACUGAAGGACCAGAGGAGCUGUCACUCUAACCAGGACCACGCCCCCCUGGACCACCAACCAAUCAGCACACAACCUGGAGGACCAUCAUGCAUCUGAAGUCUUAUCCGAAGCUCAUGCGGUCUGAGUUGCGUUUGGAUGCGGCCGGUGUUCAGACAUCGUCCCAGCGGAGCAGUCUGUUUGUGAGCCAGCAGGGGGCGCUGUUGAAGACCUGCAGCAGUAACCAUGGCAACAUCAGCAGCAGCCGCCUCCCGUUCAGCGUCAUCUCCACCAACACGCUUCGCUGUAGCAACGGAACAAACAGCAACAUCGGCAGCAACGUAGCGUCGCUGCGACUGAGGGCGUCAUCCAGCAUCACCCUGCAGCUCCUCCCCCCGCCACCGGGCUGCGAGAACGACACACUCAGAUUGUACCAGACUGCCACAGAGGAUGUGGACGCCCCGCUGGACAUCUGGACCGUCAUCAAACCCGGACACGUCCGCGAGAAGAUCGCCAUCUUUGCUUCAGAGGAGGGACGGACAGAUGGAGCCAGAGGCAGCGAACACACCUCAACCAGCAGCUCAGGUGGCCGGGACAGGGCGCCGCUGGUGUGCACGAACCACAGCACCAUGUCGGGACUUACACGGGCCGUUAAGGCAAAGGGGAGCUGGGAGGAGAACUGCAGCGCCAAACGGCGCCGCAGGUCUGGAAGCAACCAGAACCAAAACCUCCAGCAGGACCAGAGGACCCAGGUCCUGGACGCACAGCAACACAACCAUAACUCGUCUCCACGGCGCUCAGACUCAACUCAGACGCCAGGCAGCAGGCGGUGUGGAGACGAGGCGGUGACAGCGGCAGAGGAGGAGGAGCAGAAGGUUUCGGUGGUGGAGAUGGUGGCGUUCCUGGAGCAGAGGGCGAGCGAGCAGCAGCUAGACUGCAAACCUGUCCUCGCUCUACAGAGGAGUUCCACCACCAUCACUCUGUCCAGACCUCUACCAUCUGAGGUCAAGGAAGGGUCGGAGGUCAGGGAGGGGUCAGAGGACAGGGGGGAGGAGCCGGAGAGCGUCAAGGUGUCGGACAUGGUGGCAAAGCUGGAGUCGGAGUGUCUGAGGAGGAAGACGGAGGGAGAUCUGUCGAGGAGCAACAGCCUGAGGAGGAUGGUGGGACGUGUCCUGCUCACCGCCGGGGACCAGGGAUCAUCUGUGACAUCAUCAAUGACAUCAUCAUCGUCAUCACUGCUGGGAGCUCAGAGUCCAAGCAGGGAGCCUAUCAGCUGCUCAGAAACAGCCUCAGCUCUGACCACGCCCCCCUCUUCGCUCUCAGGUGAGGCUCAGGAGGUCGGGGUGGGCGGGGCUCUGGAGAGACAGAGCACUGUCACAGAGAGUCAGACUGUGAUCCUGCCCCCUCAGCCAGAGGAGGCGGAGCCUGUACCCGGCUUGUUGUUUUUGUCUCUGCCUCCUGCUGCUUCAGCCUGUACAGACUCUAUCCCUCCCCCCAAAGACUCAGAGCCCCGCCCCCCUCACCACAGAACGACUUUUGACCAGGAGCCUGCCCCCUCGCAGCCCCGCCCCCUCGCUGUUAGCCCCUCCCCUGACUCUGGCAGCCAGUCAGAGAAGAGGAGGUGGAGGAAGUCUGGUGGGGGUCAGGAGGGGGAGGUUGUUGGUGCGAGUCCCUGCUCUGCCGCAGUGCCUCUGGGCCGGCGAGCGUCGGUGUCGCAGGACUUCCUGGAGAUGCGUCAGCGGCUGCAGCAGCUGCUGGAGCCGCAGCCGUACCUGGCCGUGCUGCCGCAUCACCUGCUGGUCAAGAUCUUCCUGCUGCUGCCCACGCAGAGCCUCGCCGCGCUCAAGUGCACCUGCCACUACUUCAAGUUCGUCAUCGAGAACUACGGCGUGCGGCCCGCCGACUCGCUCUGGGUGUCCGACCCUCGUUACCGGGACGACCCCUGCAAGCAAUGCAAGAAGCGGUACGGCCGCGGCGACGUGUCGCUGUGCCGGUGGCACCACAAGCCGUACUGCCAGGCGCUGCCGUACGGCCCCGGGUACUGGAUGUGUUGCCAUGGCGCCCACAGAGACGCGCCCGGCUGCAACGUGGGUCUCCAUGACAACCGCUGGGUACCUGCGUUUCACAGCAUCAACGUGCCGAUCUACAGGAGGAGCCACGAUGACGACUGAGUGUGUGUGCGUGUGCGUGUGCGUGUGUGUGUGUGUUGCUCCCAUGAUGCAACUGCAGGUCAGAUUUUCCUUUAAAACACUGAAGGGCUGCAGUGACCGGUCAUUUUCAUUACUGAUGAAUGAACAGCUGACGGUGCUGGAGUCACAUGACCAUCAGUGUGAACCCAGAGAAGCCGUCACUGUGACACCUGAGAAACAGACGCACGUGAAAGUUUCACAUUGAAUAAAUGAAAAUUAUUUUCUGUCGGUGGAUGAAUCGACCUGCAGCUUUAAAAGCUCUUUGUUCGGAGAAAAACUUCCGUUUGUUGAAGGAAGAUCUGAACCAGCAGCAGCAUGGCGCCCCCUGCUGCUCAAACCUCACCUCACAGCCCCCACCUGAUCACCUGAUCACCUGAGCGUUUACCUGUCAUCAUCAUUUUUCUGGUCACAGCAGCAGCUCGUUAACGCAUCAGUGCCUCGUUAGUGAUGAAGCAGUGGGAGGGAGGAGGAGUCCCGGCCAGGACUCUUCUUCUUCUUCUUCUCUGACUGUCGGGGUCUGCAGCUGCUUCACCAAGAUAAAAGCAUCUCGUUCAGGAAACUAAAGAUAUUUUCAAAUUAAAACAGGUUCUGACCUGAAAUCAGUGUCACAGUCAGAUGAUGUUCAGAUCACGUUACGUCAGAUGUUUGUUUGGUUCAGAAUAAUUUGUUACUUCAUGUGGUCACAUGACUUCAGCUGAACACAGGUGCUGUCCUUCACCUGCAUGAUGUCUGACAAACAGUCUCCACUUUUCCUGCAGCUUUCAACCAGAGCUGCUGGGUCUUCCUCUCAGAGCUUUAGUCUCUGGAGAACAGGAAGUCUGACAGCAGAGCGUGUUUGGCGUUUUACUUUGAAAAAUACAUUUAUCAAUUAUCACUUUCCUCCCUGUCAACUCAUCAUUUCAUUGACUAAAGGUUGCAGCUCUUCUUUCAAAUCCCUCACAUGGUCUUCAUCAGCAGGAGCUCAGUUCAGUUUUGAUGUUUGUUUACAACAAAGAAAACUGAUGAAGACUGUGUGACAUGGCUGAAAGCUGCAGAACAGAGUAAGUGGAGCUUGAGUGGAGGUUGUUGAUUCAUCUGAUUCAUGUCGGUCUUUGACAACAGAUGCAGAAAAGCAGGAAGUUAAAUAUUUAAUAUCACUGAAACUGUUCACUGAUUAUCAGAAGAGUUGCACAGUCAUUUCCUGUCAGUAGACUAAUUGAUAAAUCAAAGUGAGCUCACUGAUUUGAAUGAUGAUGCAAAGACAGAGAAUCAGCUCCGCGUGUUAUUGAUCAUCAUGUUGUUCAUGUAUCUGAUCAUCUGCUGCUUUUCACACGUUUCAAUCACUCGUUUCAUUCUGUGGAGGAAACGAGGCGUUUGAGGGCGUCGUCUUUGUGAUGUGCACUUUUCACUGUUUUCUGACGUUUGUGGACUAAACCGUUGAUCAUGGAUUAACAUGGACGCUGGCUGUAAUCAUCAGAGACUUUUCAGACCACCUGGUCGCCAGGUGAGUGAGGGGGCGGAGCUUCAGAGGGCAUGGUCUUUGUUUGUUUGGGACGAGGCUGAAUCGAGAGUCGGUGGACUUUACCUGCACCUUGUUUGUGUUUACAUUUGUACAUAAAUCAGUCAGAGUUUAUGAGCGCCGUGUGUUUGAACGAGAGAUGUUUUUUUUUUUUGGUUUCUCAGUCCUGAACAUGAACUCGUGCCUCAAUCAGCAGCUGAGUGAUAAUCACCUUUAACGGGACUGAUGUUUUAAUUAUUGUUUUUUCAGGAAGGGAAAAGAGGGGGGUGGCCUUGAGUGUCUCGGAGACGAUGCAAUAUAAAACUGGACUGUAGAGAUUAUAGAAAAAAGAAUAUCUGGGUUGAUGCUUGUUGGUUUCUGUCUGCUGGCUGUUCUGCUUUUUGCUGUUAAAAGAUGUUUUGCUUUAAUAAAGUGCUUUCUCAUGGGA